CCCCCGUCGUCUCUAGGAUUAUAUUCGUGCCACGAGCGGGUGUCGAAGCCUUUUCCACCGGUCUUUCUCUGUUAAGUCACUCCUUCUGCACGGAUAUUACGUUAACAUCCGUUGGGAUUCCCGGGCUAUGUGUAGACCAUCGGCGCGUUGGCCCGGCAUGCGUCCCCGUAUGAGACACCCUUGGGGUUAAGCCAUGCCUUAAAAACGAUCUAGAUUGUUGGGGACUUUGUUACUCAAACUCUGACGUUGGGGGCUACUCAAUUCAGAGCUUCCUGUGGUACCUGCCGUUACGCUUCCUACCUGUGAUUUCGAUAAGUCCAUCCAUCAUGGCUGCUGCGUCUCUACCUACUCCCACGGCGCAUAUUGUCUCACAAUUGUCCAAACAAACUCUUCACUUUCCGAAUGUGCAGCAUAUGAUGCAACAUUGGCCGAAAGGGCCGAACCCAAACAUAGAGAGCGCUAGACUUGAGGCCGAGCAAUUGCUAAGGACCGCUUUUGAUGAUCCGGGUAAGCUUGCGAAGCUCGGAAAGUGUGAUUUUGGCGGCUUGGCUGCGCUAUGCUUUCCAACUUGCGCGCCGAUAAAGUUGAUCGCUGCUACUCGUUUCUUAGCCUGGAUAUUCCUGUGGGAUGACGAGAUUGACAUGGGUGAGGGCGCAACGCAGACUUCGAGAGACCAGCAACGCGCCCGCGAUUAUUGCCACGACUCUCUGCGCCGUGUUCGACAGGCCAUGGACCCGGGGUGCUGUACAGAAGCCAGGGUCGAAAAGGAUAGGCGCGGCCUUAUGAGCGUAUUCGACGAUUUGAGUCGUCAACUGCACGCAGACAUGAGUAGCGAUCAGCGAGCCCGAUUUUCUCGGGAGAUUGAGGAAUAUAUCUCGGAAACCGCUGUAGAGCAGACGAAUCAACAACAGGGCUGCGUAGCAAGCUUUGAAGAUUACAUGAACAUGAGAUUGAGAACUUCUGGUAUAGGAUCAGGCCUAGCCCUAUGCGAGUUCACCGCAGGUGUCGAUCUACCGAGCUGGGCUAUGGAUAGCCAGGAGAUGGUCACCAUGUGGAGAGAAAUCACAAGUAUUUGUAUGCUGAUCAACGACGUUUAUUCUUUGAAGAAAGAACUAGGACACGGCGUGAUCCAGAACGCCAUACCCAUAUUAGUGAGCUCGUUGCAGGAGCAAGACCUCGCCCACGCUGUGGAAAUUCUGGCGCAGAAGAUUGAACAUUCAAUCGCGCUGUUUGACGAGACGCUGAAAACCCUGCAUUGCCGAUUCUCGGAGCGCGGCGAGAGGCCAGACGACCUGAUUCAGUACGCAGAUGCGUGCCGAAUGAUCGCCACAGGGCUUCUCGAGUGGUUGCUGACGUCGCCUCGUUACGGGAUGCAUCGAUACGUGCAACCUGACGGCUCAGUCAUCGUCCCUCUAGGAUGCGCGACGGAUAAGCUUGAACCUCGUGGGCAUGCGGAGACCAAGCCAUGAAUCCAAUUCUCUCGACGCCGUGGCAUAGGUGAUACGGCAUACGAUGAAGGCUCGGAUAGCGUCAUGGCUGCCGGGCAGCUGGAGUGGUAGGUAUGGAUUCUCUUCGUUGUAGCCAUCUGCAACUUGAGGAAGG